AUGUUGUCAUCGAAAACUUUAUGGGAAUCUCCAUUGUCAAUAACUUAUCGUCCAGUGGUCAACAGCGAACAAGAAAAAGCACUUAAACUUUGGCAAACAGCAUUCAAACCAAAAAGUGAGGGUUAUUUUGAACGAUAUUUUUUGUCUACAGCUUCACCUCACUAUCAAGAAGGAGACACUUUGGGAGCUUGGUCAGAUGAUAAUCUGCUAGUCAGUGUUGUCCACAUUCGACGGAUGAUUUUGAAAUCAGCCAACAAUGAAACAUAUUUGUGUGGUGUUGUUUCAAAUGUAGCUACUCUAGCAGAAUUCAGAAAUCAGGGUUUGUCGCGGACACUUCUUAAGCAAGCAAUUAAGAAGAUGGAACAAGAAGCCUUCGACAUAUCGGUAUUAGGAACUGGACGCUCGCAUCAUUAUCUAUCAUUAGGCUGGCAACUUCUUACAACUCGAAUACAAUAUGUCAUUAAUAUGCCUGAAAAAAUAUCUUCUUGCAAUUAUGAAAUGUCAUGGAUAUCGGCAUCAUUCAUUUCAUUUUAUGAUCAACUGCUCGAACUCUAUUCCGCUCAUCCACGUUCUUAUCAGUUUGAUCGCGAUUCUCCUUUAAUGUUCGAACAUUGGAUUGGUUGGCAUUGGAAAGAAGAUUUCGCUUAUAUCUUCAUGUUACCGAAUAAAAAAGGAUAUGUAGUAAUCAGUCAACCGGAUGGUAAACAAUCCAAAGUGUGCAUAUCCGAAUGGAGAGCACACGAUACUGAUUCCGAGAUAACCUUACUUAGUAUGGCUGCUACAGAAAUUCGCCGACGAUAUGGCCACAAAAGCUUUCUUCUUCACACACUUCCUCAAUAUGCGACUUUAAAGUCACUGGAAUGGGACAAUAAUGAUUUGAUUUCUGAAGAAAAUCAAGAUAUCAUGAUUCGAAAUAUUCGAUUAUCAGAUGAUUUAUUUGAGAAUAUUAAAGCAGCUUUUGAAACAGAAAAUGAGAAAGCUGCUACCAUCUGGCCAGGAGAAUACUUUUGA